AUGUACAGAAAAUUGUGUAUUUGUGCCUUCAUGUUGAUAUUAAGAAGUUUAAAUACCCAUGGUAGGUUUCUGGUGAUACCGGAGGACGUCCCAGCUGGUUUGGCGGCUGUUUAUGGAUUCGCUCAACCGUUGCACAAAGGUAACGACCAUCGAAUCGGCUUUGGUUUUCGUUUCGGAAACCACGCCGACCUGCAGAUACUGUACGAGUUGGGACCUCAAACCGUAACCAAACCCUUGCAAGCGUCGAAGACCCGUUCAGCUCCAUACAGGCAAAGAUUCGCGCGCCGACGUCCGAUCCUGGAUCUAUUAUUACGAGCUGGUUUUCUCAAGGACACUUCAUACGACAACAAUGUCAUUCAUGAGUGUGACGAUGAACCUCGGUAG